GCCUUGGGUAGGAAGAAGUGUUUCCUCUCUAGUCCCCUCUCUUAUGUUUUUUCUUCACAAAAAACCCUAAUUUACUUAUUCCCUAUAUUUAGAAAAUCCUUAAAUUUGAAUUUAUAUUAAAUUUAAAUAAAAUAUAAUAUAAAUUGAUAUUUAAAUUUUUUUAAAUCUAAAUUUAAAGUCAAAAUUUAUACUGCAAAUGCAGCAAUUGCCAAGUAGGUACUUCAUUCCCUUUCCCUUGCCUGUGUCCUGUAAAUAAUUUCUUCUUUCUUUUUCAUUUUAUUUUAGGAAAACAAAAUUCAUAUUUGAUUUCGAUUUGGAUUUGGAUUUUUUCUUCGUCUCUCUCUCUCUCUCUGCACCCCCCCCGGCCGGACCCAGACGCCAUGGGAAGCAGCAGCAGCGAUGUGGAAGCGGGCUUCGCGAAGCUCCAAGGCGAGGACUUCGAGUACUAUAUGCAGACCUACUCCAUAAUCCUCGGCCGCAACAGCAAGAAAUCUACCGUCGACGUCGACCUCUCCAGCCUCGGCGGCGGUAUGAACAUCUCUCGUCACCAUGCCCGCAUCUUCUACGACUUCCAGCGCCGCCGCUUCGCCCUCGAGGUCCUCGGCAAGAACGGCUGCCUCGUCGAGGGCGUCCUCCAUCUCCCCGGCAAUCCCCCCGUCAAGCUCGAUUCCCAGGACCUCCUCCAGAUUGGGGACAAGGAGUUCUAUUUCCUGUUGCCCAUCCGGAGCAUCCUCGGCGGGCCUCUUGCGCCGCGUCACCAGGUGAAUUAUGCGGCUGCCCCCUCCGGCGCCGUCGCGAUUAGCCAUCCCAGGCUGGUGGCUCCGCCCGUGGCAGCGUAUGGAGGGAUCAAGAAGGCGAGGGGGAGGGUGAUGAGUGAUUACUACGAGGACGAUUAUGAGGAUGUUGCUGGGGACGAUGGUGGGAGUGGGAUGGUUGGCAGUGGGAAAAAGUUGAGGAGGGUAGGGGAUGCGCAUGAGGUGUUUGCCUAUGGCGCCGGAGUUGGCAGUGGGGGAAAGUCUGGACAAUUGGAGAAAAAGGCUGAUGGAAGAUCUAGGAUUGACCGGGAGGCUGACAACCAUCAACUUCUGCAACUAGAAGAAAAAGACGUGGUGUCAUCUGUUGCUACUGUUCUUUCAGAUCUUUGUGGUCCUGGAGAAUGGAUGCCCAUGGAGAAACUACAUGCUGAGUUAGUUGAACAGUAUGGCAAUAUUUGGCAUCACAGUCGAGUAAGGAGAUAUCUGACAUCGGAGGACUGGUCUGGGCCUGAAUCCAAGGGGAAACCAUGGUUUGGUUUGCUUAUGCUGUUGAGAAAAUACCCUGAACACUUUGUCAUCAACACAAGGUCAAAGGGUCGGGUGACACUGGAGUUUGUCUCUCUUGUAUCUUUGCUUACGUGAAAUCAUGAAAGAUUUUUUAGGCACAGCAUGAUGUUGCCCAUCCUAUGUGUAAUUUUUCCGUGUAAAUGGGAAUCACCCAACCCCAAAAUUAUUGUAGUGAAUUGUAGUGCAACACCAGUGGCAGGUCUAGCACUUCCCUCCAUUGUUGCCUUAUAUAAAUGGCUACCAUGCCAUUCUCAA